GAGCCGCGCAGCCCCGCCCGCGCCCCGUCCCCGCUGCCCGCACCAUGUCCUGCGCUCCCGCCGUGCCCGUCGUCCCCGAGGACGUCUCCAGCCUCCUGGCAGAUGUUGAAACAUUUAUUUCCCAAAUGCUAAAAGGAGAAAAUCUAUCCAGGAAAGCCAAAGAAAAAAGGGAAAUUCUUCUUAAGAAGAUAAAGGAUGUUAAGGCAAGUUACUCUUGGGAGUUCCCGGAGGAAGAACUGGAAGAUGAGGACAAGUCUGAGAACUCUCUUUCUUCACCUCCUGAUAGUGUCUCAAUAGCAUCUGACCGAUAUGAUAAAGAGGAUGAAGCACCUUCUGAUGGGAAUCAGUUUCCUCCUGUUGCAGCUCAAGAUCUUCAGUUUGUUCUGAAGGCUGGAUACUUGGAAAAACGUAGAAAAGAUCACAGUUUUCUUGGCUUUGAAUGGCAGAAGCGUUGGUGUGCUAUCAGUAAGACGAUCUUCUACUAUUAUGGAAGUGACAAAGACAAACAACAGAAAGGUGAAUUUGCCUUAGAGGGCUACACCAUCAGAAUGAAUAAUAGCCUUCGGAAGGAUGCAAAGAAAGAUUGCUGCUUUGAAAUCUCUGCUCCUGAUAAGCGCAUUUAUCAGUUUACAGCUGCCACUCCCAAAGAAGCAGAGGAAUGGGUACAGCAAGUCAAAUUUGUAAUUCAAGAUACAGGAUCUAAUGCUAUUCCCGAGGAGGAGGAAGAGGAAUACGAUGAUGUUGGACAAGUGAACAGUGAACCGACAGAUGAUAGCAUUUAUGAAGAAGUUAAAGAAGAACGGGUUCCUUCAAAGGCUGAAGUGCCAAGAAAAGAGAGCCAGGAGGAUGUUACCGCUGAUUCAGAUAGCGAAAAUAUCGAUUAUGCCAAUUUCUAUCUAGGUUUGUGGGACUGCACAGCAGAUGUACCUGAUGAGUUGACAUUUAAACGAGGUGACGUUAUCUACAUUCUCAGCAAGGAGUACGAUGAAUAUGGCUGGUGGGUAGGAGAAAUGAAGGGAACCGUUGGCUUGGUGCCUAAAGCCUACAUAAUGGAGAUGUAUGAUAUUUGAGAGGCCUGGAUACUUCUGCAGAGUCAAAUCUGGAAUUCUGAUAUAAGUUGUACAACAAAUCUUCAGUGCUAUGUGGAUUAGUACCUGCAGUCUCGCUGUCAAAUCCAGAACUUCGUGGCUGAAAACAUCGGUUGAAAC